GCCUUUAACUUUCCGCAUCGGAAGUAAAAGAGUAGAGAGCUUUAGAAGAAGACGAACCUGAAAUUCUGAAGCUCGACCUCAUAGACGUACCCAUACUCGAAGCUUCUCCGAUUGCUUGUCGUUUCCGAUAAACCCUAAUUCCAGGGUGUUACCUUCUUUUUUUCUUUUUUUCUGAUUGUUUUUCAAGAAUGUCGGGGAGUGGAAACACGCGAUUCCUUUUCCGUUGUAUCUAAUUUCGUCGGAAGAACAGAUUCUACAGAUUUCACAAGGUAAAGUCGGAAGCAUUCCCGAUUCGGCUGGUUACAACUUAUUGGUACGCGGUUCAGCUUCGGCGAGGUGAAGAAUGGGGGAGUGUAUAUGCAGCUUAUGAUUAGAGUUGGAAAGUGAGUUUCAUACAUUUGGUUGAUUGCUUGAAGUUGCUAAGGCGGUGAUUAUUGUCUGAUUCGCAAUCGGGAGAAGAUUUUUUUUUUUAUGAUGAAGUAGUCAAUAUUAUCAAUUCAGAACGAAUCGUGUAAUCAAGAACAAUGCCUCGCAAGGUGAGCCACGGGUUAGAUUACGAUGAUGAUUACGACGACUACGACGACUACGAUUAUUAUGAUAACGAUUUCGACGUAGAAGAAAAAGGAAAAAUACCUGUUACUAAGGAAGAACCCAAGGGGCAUAAGCUUUGGCGAUGCUCGAUUUGCACUUACGACAACGAAGACAGUUUUUCUGCCUGUGAUAUAUGUGGGGUUCUGCGCAUCCCUUUGGACAACAACAUAAAUACUAAAGAUGAUAGAACAGAUCUCUUUCAUGCAGUUGAGAACAUCUGCAAAGACUCUGGAGUAUCCAAAAUGGCCAAGUCUCUCUUUGCAUCGUUGCCAAAUCAGAUACCCAAAAGGGCUGUAAAAUUUCAAGAGCAGGAUGAUAAAAUUGUGGAGAAAAGAGAAGAGAACAUCCACAAGAUUGGAAAUAUCCAGGGCCAUUUGCAUGAAUUCCAUAACGCUUUAAGUACCUGUAGUCAUUUCCGUACUAAUAUAGUCCCUUUCAAGUUUGAUAUUCCAUCUCCAGAUGAUGUGGUUUCUAAUGGAUUGCGUUCCUCCAAAGUUGGUUUAAAAGCAGUCAGCCACAACGACUUCAACUCUUUAAUAUUAUCUUCAGACACCACUAAGAUAUCUGCAAACAGUGCUGCAUUGACUUCAAAAAGUGCACAUAGCGUGUCUUCUUCAUUGCAAAUGAGUAAAUCAGGCAAUAUAGGAGAUAAACAGUUGAGUACCAAAAGUUCAGUCAACUCAGGGACCUCAAUUGGAAAAAAUACAAUAGUUGUUGAAGAACAGAAUGCAUCAAUUAGUGUACCAAAAAAUUUACAAUCACGUGAUAACCGGUCAUCAAGCACUUCCACAUCAAAGUCAGCAGGCAAAUUUGACAGCAUGGAGAGCAGCAACCCUUCUGUGGAGUGGGAGAAGUCCCAAAAUCUUGCUGGUGGUUUGAACAACAUGGUCCUAAAUGUUAAAUCUGCCUAUGCGAAUUAUAUUAGUGGAAUGGGAAAAACAUCAAAUCCGCAGUAUAAGCCUGAUAAGUGGAUGCUACCUGAUAAAGCUGUAGAUACGCUGACUCAGCUGAAUCUUGCCAUCGUUGGUCAUGUUGAUUCUGGAAAAUCUACACUCUCAGGAAGAUUGCUGCACCUAUUGGGACGUGUAUCCCAAAAGGAAAUGCACAAAUAUGAAAAAGACGCAAAAUCAAUAGGCAAGGGUUCCUUUGCUUAUGCCUGGGCACUGGACGAGAGUGCAGAGGAAAGAGAGAGAGGAAUUACAAUGACUGUUGGUGUUGCUUUCUUUGAUUCUAAAAGAUAUCAUGUUGUUGUGCUUGAUUCUCCUGGCCAUAAAGAUUUUGUUCCAAACUUGAUAUCUGGGGCCACACAAGCUGAUGCUGCAGUUCUUGUUAUCGAUGCAUCUGUUGGCGCAUUUGAGGCCGGUAUGGACAGUUCAAAGGGGCAAACAAGGGAACAUGUGCAAUUAAUCAGGAGCUUUGGUGUAGAUCAGAUUAUUGUUGCAGUUAACAAAAUGGAUGUGGUGGAGUAUUCCAAAGAUCGCUAUGAAUUUAUUAAGCUGCAACUGGGAACCUUCAUUCGUUCAUGUGGUUAUAAAGAUUCAUCAUUGUCUUGGAUUCCAUUGAGUGCCAUGGCAAAUCAGAAUCUGGUGACUGCCCCUUCUGAUGUACAUUUUCUAUCCUGGUAUCGUGGACCUAAUCUUUUGGAGAUGAUUGAUUCUCUUCAACCACCCACUCGAGAAUUCUCUAAGCCACUGCUUAUGCCGAUAUGCGACGUUGUUAGAUCACUCUCACUAGGACAAGUGUCUGCCUGUGGCAAAUUGGAAGCUGGAGCUCUCCAGUCUGGAUCUAAGGUUCUAAUCAUGCCAUCUGGAGAUAAAGCAACCGUGCGCACUUUAGAACGCAAUUCUCAGGCUUGCAAAAUCGCAAGAGCGGGGGACAACGUGACUGUUACUCUACAAGGAGUUGAAGCAAGUAGCGUGACGUCUGGGGGUGUCCUAUGCCAUCCUGAUUUCCCCGUUGCUGUUGCAAAACAUUUGGAAUUAAAGAUUCUCACCUUGGAAUAUGCAACACCUAUAUUAAUAGGAUCUCAGUUGGAAAUUCAUAUACACCAUGUGAAGGAGGCUGCUAGAGUUGCAAGAAUAGUGUCAUUGCUCGAUUCAAAGACGGGGAAGGUCACGAAGAAGGCACCACGUUGUCUGAGUGCUAAACAAAGCGCAGUGCUUGAGGUCGUUUUACAAAGCCCCGUUUGUGUCGAAGCAUUCUCAACUAGUCGAGCACUUGGUCGGGUAUUUCUAAGAGCGAUGGGAAGAACCAUAGCCGUCGGCAUUGUGACCCAACUAAUCGGAGGCUCCCAAUAAUGUCCCACAACACAAACAUCGUAGGUUGUAUUUGAAGUGAAAACAAAAUCGUUGACAUAAUUUUGGAUAAGAGCUUUAUUUAUUUAGAGUGGAUUUGGAGUAGUGGAAAUUAGAGGCUUUGAAUACAUGUAAUUUCCAAGGGAAUAUCGGUUAUAUGUAUAUCAAAUUUAUUGAUUCUUUUCCUGA